AUGUUUAUUUAUAUUGUUCGAAUUUUUAUUGCUCUAUUGUCAAAAACAAAAUAUAUUCCUGUAAAUAUGAGUGAUUCUGGUGCUGCAGCAAGUUCAACUAAACUGAAUUCAUCGACAGCCAAGAAACGGACGUCAUCUGAUGCUGGUCUCGAUGAAGGAGCAGAUAUUGAGAACCAAGCAAAUGUGAAACGUGUUGUUGUUUUCGAAGCCUUCAAAUUAUUCGAUGUUCAAUCAGCGGAAGAACUCGACGCUAAACUUUUACUUAUUCAAAACAAGAAACUCUCAGAAUGUGUGCAAAACUGUCGUAAAGCCGAAGUUGAAUGGAAAGCAAAGAUUGAUCAGUUAGAAACCGAAGUUGAAUGGAAAGCAAAGAUUGAUCAGUUAGAAAGUAACAAAGCAAGUGUAGAUUGUAAAUGGAGCAUGAUCGAUCUCUAUUGGACACAACUUGAUGAAGAUAUUCGUCGUUUAUUAGAACGAUUUGACGCAACAACAUCCAUUGAUGGAAGUAGCGAUUCAUUGAGUAACGAUGGAAGUAAUUCCAAUACGAAUGCAACAAUGAAUGACGAGCGACAAGGUGAAGAAAUUCGUUCAUAUAUUCGACAGUUGAAUACUUGGCAGCGAGGAGAUCUCGAUGCGCAUUUGAAGCAACGUUUAGACUUUUCUACCAAAGCGAUUGUUAAGCUCGUACGAGUUUUUGAUAAUCUAUCUGAUAAAUAUCAACGAUUAUUUACUUCGAUCAAUUCUCCCGGUGAAUCAAAUUCAACUCUCGAAUGCAAACCUGAAGUAUAUAAAGCUGUUCUCGACCGAAAUGUUCAUCUCGAGCACGAAAAUGAUCGUAUUCAACGUCUAAACACAAGUUUACAGAGUCGCAUUCAUGAAAUAACCCUUCGAUGUACAGAUUUAAACAAUCAAAUUGUUCUUCAAGAAGAGCAAUUACUCGAAGGCAAAAGUCAUUUAUCGGAUCUUGAAUAUGAACUAGAAAAGUCUCGCAGUAAAGAAACGAAGCUAGAACGAUCAUUAGCAGAUGCAAUCGCUAAACUCGAAUGUGAUCGAUUGAAACUUCAAAUGAAUGAUGCGAAACAAGACCCAGAUUCACAUGCUGAUUCAGCGAAUAACAGCACGAUUGUAAUUGCAGAAAAUAAAUAUGCAGAUUUACAAGCAGAAAUUGAAGAAUAUAAAGAGUUAGCAGCUGGUCGUUUAGGUGAAUUAGAAAAAUUAAUGAGUGAUCACGAAACAACAAAGCGAGAGGUUGAAGUUUUAAAAAAUCGACUUCGAUCAUUACCCGAAGAGUUAAUUACCGAAACGCCAGAAUUUAAGUGUCUUCAAUCACGUUAUACAGCUUUAGUUAACGAAAGUGUUCAUCUAAGACACCAGUUAGCUGAAGCUCGUGAACUUGUCAAAUGUACAAAAACAGUCUACGAUCAUCACUUUGAAAAAAUUCAGCAUGAAGAAUUUGAAAAUCAACGAAAGCUACAUGCGAAUAUUGAACAAGUUGUCACUGAUUUAGCUGAAGCUCGUCGUGACUAUGAUCUUCUUCAGGUUGAAUACGAAAAAGUUCUGAAUGCUAAUCAACAAUCUGUGCCCAUUGCACGUGAAAUGCGAAGUUUAAUCAAUCAUUUACAAGCUCAAUGUAAAUUAUAUAAUCUCGAAGCAAGCCGCUGCAAAAAACAGUGCAAAGAAUUGGAAGACGAGUUAACAAGACUCAAAGUAAAACAAGAAAGCAAUGCUAGUAACGGACUUAGUUCCCAGAUAAGUAUAACAACAUCAGAACCUACUUCUACCGGAUGCAUAAUUACAACUAAUCAACUACCGUCGCCAACGAUCAAAGAAGAGUCAACAAAUCCAUUUGCUGCACCAUCGUCAUCUUCAACUGCGGUAAAACCUGAAACAGCUAUUAAAGAAGAAUCAAUCGAAGGGAACGAUGAUAGUCGACUUGGAGAAAAUUCUUGGUUGGAAUUUCCUGACCUACCGGAUAGUGAUUUGGAUGAAUCUUCAGGAAAUCUAGCGCGUCUUUCGUCAAAUCCUGUAACUGCAGAAGAUAAAGAUGCAGAAUUACGUAAUCUUAGAACAGAGUAUAAAAAACUUACAGAUAUGGUGAAAGAAUACAAGAUUUUAUUGAACAUGUACAGAAGUGCGCCGAAAGAGACACGUGAUAAAGCUAAUCUAAUGACAUCAGAAAAGAAACUACGACAAGAACUCGAUGAAACCCGGAACGAAUUGAAAAAACUUCAAAUUUAUGUAAAAACUUUGCGGAAAAAAUGUAACGAAGAUGAAAUACAAAACAAGAUGCGUUCAUUUCAAGAUACAAUCCGUGACCUUGAAAAGAAUCUCGAAACUCGUAAGCAAGAAGAAGCCGCUCUACUCAAUGAAAUUGAAGUGACUGGUCAAGCAUUUGAAGAUAUGCAAGAACAAAAUAGUCGUCUUUUAUCCCAAUUACGCGAAAAAGAUGAUGCACAUAUCAAACUCAUGGUUGAACGUGUCAAAUCGCAACAAUCCCAGAAAGCUAUGUCCGACGAAAAAGUCCUCCUCCUCCAACAAACAACUGUUCUUCAAGAACAACUCGAGGCACAAGCAGCGAUGAAUCAAAAAUACGAAGAAACAAUCGCAUCACUCCGCAACAGUGUCUUAGUUUUGGACAAAGAACUGAGUACAAUGCAUCAAACAUUGGAUGCACAUAAACGGAAAACCAUUGAAAGUGCGCAAACAUCUGCUGAUCUGAAACUUCAUCUUGAUCGUUAUCAUGCGCAAUUGAAAGAAGUUCAAGAAUUAGUCGCUGAAAAAUCAGAAGCACUUGAAAAACAAAAUUUCAAAAAUCGACGACUUCAAGAAGACGUGAAGAAUUUAAAUCGUAAAUUAGAUCGAUCACGUAAACUAGAGAUGGCAUCGAAUAAAGACGAAGUUUUACUAGAAGAAAUACGUGAAUACAAAGAAAUUCUUCGUUGUCCAGCAUGUAAAAAUAAACAACGUGAUGCAAUUCUUUCCAAAUGUUUCCAUGUAUUCUGUUAUGAUUGUCUCAAAUCACGAUACGAUUCGCGUCAACGUAAAUGUCCCAAAUGUAAUACAGCAUUUGGACAAUCGGACAUGCAUAAAAUCUGGUUGGUCUAA